UCCAUUCUCUCGACUCUCCUCUCAAGUCUCCACCAUCCUCCUCGCCUCUUAUAUCUGUUGCCGCUCCUACCACUUCCCCAGUGCCCCCAACAGCAACCACCACCACCACCGCAGCAACCACACACCUCGACGCCUGGCUGAAGCUGAACGGCUCGUGCCCGGUUUCCAGGAACUUGCCGCUGCCAACCCCGCUGUCCACGCCGCUCUCGGAGGUCGUUUCACUCUCGCAGUACGCUGCGGAUCGGAGGCGGAGGAGAAGCAGAGAAGAAAACCAAAUCAGGAAACAGAGUAAGCAAGAACUUCCCUUUGCGGACCCUCCGACCAAGCCUUGGCGACUGGGUUUCGAAUGACAGCUGGCUUUGCAGUAAAUUAACAUGGCAAGACGAAGAGCCAAGAAAACUGUCAAGAAAUUACCGUCGUCUCCUGUGAAUGAUGUAAACGGUGCAAUGGAGGCCCAAAUUGAUAAGGAACAAGCUGCUUUUACAGAUCAAGAAGUUGAGCGACAAAGUGCUGCGAUUAGGGCUAUUCGUGAUGUGGAAAUUGAACAUUUGCUGACCGAAGUGCGUUUGCUUCGCUCUUAUUUCAGUGAGGAACAACUGCAAACUUCAGCUCAAAAUUUUUUCAAAGAAAACCUUCCGAAUCUUUUAGUUGUUCGAAAUGAAGGAAACAGACAAUUUGAAAUGCAAUGGAACAAUGAAGACGGUAAUUUGCCCAUGAACCAAGGUGAUGGAAGCGACAUUCACACGUCUCUUCUGCGCCGCUUGUCCAUGGCUUAUCCAGACUGCUCUGCUGCUAUUGCAUCUUUGGGUGGCUUUCAGUUUUCGAGCAAAGCAGUGAAGACAAGCCUUGUAGGUGCUGCUAAUCUGCAAAUAAGUGACUUUGUUUUGGAGGAGCCAUCUGAUACUCAGUUGCUUGGGAUGCAAGAUGGUCUACAAACUCCUGGGGUGAGUAGCCAAAGGCUGUCUGUUGGGAUGACACCGAAAACACUGAGGUUGCCUAAGCCUGGUGAGAUGCUUUUAUCUGUCCAUGGCUCACCCCUUGGUGUCUACAAGGAAGAUAACAUGGAAGCCAUAAAUGAGUCAGAAGAGGGCUGACCAGCUUCAAUUCAUUUGGUCCAUUCAUUGUUCAAGAAUAUUCAAAAACUUACGAACCCAAGACCUCUUGAAUGUACUCCUGUCAUUGUACCAAUGACUGUUCCAAUAGCUGAAAUUGUUCUUUUAUUUCAAUGCAUGCACAGCUACCUUUGUAUUGAGGUUUUGAGUAAAUAGUAGUCUUGUAUUUCUUGUU